CUAUUUAGUUAGUUAUCUACGAUAUGGUAAUGAUACAUUCGUUAUCCUGCUGGGUAUCAAGGCCUGCAAUUUCAAGCUCUCUCGUAAAGAAGGAGAAACGUCCAUGGAGUCAUUUUCUCUCUGGUGUGUUUGAACUGAUGUCCUUGGUGAUCUCUGGGAUGAAAUCUAUAAUGGACAGAAAUGAGGACUUUACAUUUCUUAAAAGCAUGAUCAUGGAAAGGAGAUUACAUCUACUGGUCAAGAUCCAUGCGAGGUUGAGGCGGUUUGGAUCAAGGAAUCCUGUCCCGGUCCGGGAUAAUGCAAAGAGUCUGGCCUGUAACUUGGCUGAGGAGCUGUGGACUCAAGUGGCUAGUGCUGAAUGUUCAGAGUUGAUCAGCCUGCUCUCCAACCCGCACAUCAAGGGCCUUCUCUCUGUUCACGACAUAGUAGCACAGAAAGGUUAUGACCCCGAGCUGCCACCCCUACCUGAUAACAUUGAAGAAGAGGAUGAGGACUCUGUGAAGAUUAUAAGCCUGUUCAAAAGCCAGGAGCCACUGGGGGCCACCAUAAAGAGAGAUGAAUCCACUGGAGCUAUAGUUGUAGCAAGGAUCAUGAGAGGGGGUGCUGCAGACAGAAGUGGUCUGAUUCAUGAGGGCGAUGAGCUAAGGGAAGUCAAUGGAGUCCAAAUGGAGGAUAAGACACCGGAGGAAAUCAUUCCUAUUAUGGCUCAAUCGCAGGGAGAGGUGACGUUUAAAGUGAUACCAGUACCUGGCAUCAAGGAAGAGCUGUCAGCCAAUGAGACUAUGUUAUUUGUACGGUCGCUCUUUGACUACAAUCCCGAGGAGGACCCUGCCAUCCCCUGCAGACAGGCAGGGCUGGGCUUCAAGAGGGGGGACAUCCUUCAGAUCGUUAACCAGGAGGACGACGCCUGGUGGCAAGCCUGUCGUCAUGGUGACAGCAACUCCCGAGCAGGACUCAUCCCCUCCAGGCAACUUCAGGAGAGGAGAGUCGCUCUCCAGCGGCCCAAAGCCUUAUUUAAACCUCAGAGAGUCCCAAACAAAGUGACAGAAAAGGAGGAAGUGGUGGAGGAUGCAGACUAUGGAGCUAUUACUGGAAUCCACAUCGCUGGUCUGAGAAGGAGUUUCCGGCUGGGCAGGAGGGGCGGUAGGAGUGGGAGUGUUGAGUCUAAAAGGAAGAGCCAGGAGAUGGGAGGAGCCACACAGACACCCACCUACCUGGAGGUGGCACCGUACUGCAGGGACCUCAAAGAGGGACGUCGGCUGGUCCUGCUAGUUGGUCCCAGUGGAGUUGGGCUGAGUGAGAUGAAGAGGAGACUCCUGCUUUCUGACCCUGACCACUAUGGUGUCACUGUUCCACACACCACCAGAGAGAAGAGGAAGCAGGAGAAAGAUGGGGUAGAGUACCACUUUGUCUCAAGGCAGACGUUUGAAAUGGACAUCGUCAACCACAAGUUUUUAGAGUAUGGGGAGCACAGAGGGAACUACUACGGGACCAGUCUGGAGUCAGUGCACAAGGUCAUAGGGGAGAACAAGGUUUGCCUACUGGAUGUGCAGCCUAAUACUGUACAGCGCUUACACACAACCGAGUUCAAACCAUGUGUUGUUUUUGUGAAGCCACCAUCGAUUCAGGAGCUACGUUUUAGCCGGAGGAAAGCUACAUUAAUUUCCACCCAAGAUAUGACGAAACUGACAAAGACAUUUUCGGAAGAGGACUUUGAAGAUAUGAUUACCUCAGCAGAAGCCAUGGAUAGCCAGUACGGCCACCUGUUUGAGAUGGUCAUCGUCAAUGGCGAUUUCGCCAUGGCAUUCAACAAACUGAGGGCGGAGCUGGAAAAGCUUGAGACGGAGGCGCCUCAGUGGAUUCCUGUGGAGUGGACCAGUCACACCAAACAGAACACAGAGAGCGUGUGCUGAACACACUAGGAGGCUGGUUAUGCAUGUCUCAUUCACACUCAUAGGAGGCUGCUGAGGGGAGGAUGGCUCAUAAUAAUGGCUGGAAUGGAAUUAAUGGAAUGCUAUCAAAUACAUGGAAACCAUGUGUUUGAUGUGUUCAAUACCAUUCCGUUUAUUCCUGUGUUCACACUAUAGUGUCAAACCUUACUGUGUGGGGUCAGAUAUUUUGUUUUCACAUUUUCCUUUACAGCACAGUUCCAGCCACUUUGAUGGAUGCAUAACCAGGCCAACCUAGUACAGCUAGGCUUGGCCCUAUAGUGUGAUUCAGGCAACAGCGACUGAAGAAAUGUAGGGAGAGAGAAUUGCACAUCCAUUUUUUCCUCCAUAAGUUCCACGUACUUCAUCUUUUGAUGCACAUUACAAAAAAACUGAUAGAUUACACAUGGCCGUCAACUGUUUUUAGUCAAAUUUGAGAGUGGUUACAUUUCUCAAGUCCCAUCCCUUACCUGUGGGAUGACCACUUCGUUGUUGUUUGAAUCCUAGAUGUCCUAUUUUAAACUGGAAAUCUUUUAAACUGGAACUCUUCUGCCAAAACAGAGGAAAUGUCAAGGAACAUGGUCACACCCCUAAAGGAAUACAGAAAUGUAAGGGGAACCACUCAAGGCAGAGAAAAUAAUGUACAAACUUUGACUAAAUCUAAAAUACUAUAAUCAUUAUUUAUAUGUGUAAUAUGUAGACAGAGUCUAGACAGCCUUCAUGAGAAAUAACUAGUCCCAACUUCAAGUUAGUCACAGAGCACGGCUCUUAAAGAACUAUAGGAAUCCAAGUCCCUACGCCUCCUGUCUGACCAUAGUACUUACAUGUCCAAAACAGUGUUAUUGGUCCCUGCCGCCUACGUGCCAGCUUUUCUUUUCUUCGAGUUUGCAUUUCUACAUUGGCAAUUAGGGUCGAAACAUAAAAAACCUCCAAAAGCGUGUGGUCACACAGACCUUCCCCCUGCCAAGUUACAAACACAAGCAUGUAAUUACUUCAAUACCUCAAUUAACGGUAAUGUAUCCCAGAGCAAAUAUUACCCAGCCCAAACACUCACCAACACUAACAACAUGUUGCAUAUAGAACAAGGAAACAGUGCUCACAAGCAUAGUCGACAAUGAACAAAAUAUAUGAAAAAAGUGUUGGUGAAACUAAACGAAUUGAAGAUAUUUUGACAGGGAAAGGUUAAUUAACAAGGGAACAUGGACAAGAUGAAGCAGAUUUUUUUUGUACAGACAUUGUGGGAGGAGUGGUUGAAUGUGAAAGGAUUACGUUGUAAGAUAACUCAUUCGAAUUGGUUUCUAUUCAUGUGUAAAGUUAAUAAGUAUGAUUUCAAAGUUGUAAAGUCUGCACUUGUCAACAGUUCAUAAUUACAGACAAUGUCAGAAAAUUGUCAUAAGUGACAUCAUUGACAAACAUUUCCAUUCAACGAUUCCAUAUUUCAUUGUUAAUGAGGAGAAUGACAUGCAGCACACAACACUCCCAGUAAAUCUUUAAGUGAUUCCGUUUAAUGGAUGCAUUCCUGUGAGUACAGGGGGAUUUCCUUCCUCUUUUGGAUCAUGCUGUCAAUUGGGUGUGAAAGAGUGUAAAUGUGUCCAUCAUGUCUUAAAGACUAAACCACCGUCAUGUGUAGUCAGUUUUGUGAUUUAGGCUCUCGAGCCACCUAACAUGCUGACCACAUCACUCGAGCACACUUGCGUCUGCAUGCGCCAUCGCGAGCAUUUUGAUUUUGUCCACCCACACCAGACGCGAUCAGGACACGCUGGUUGAAAUAUCAAAGUAAUAUUAGUUUGGGGACAGGUCGAAAAGCAUUAAA